UCCUUUCAACACUUUUACCACAGUGUAAGAAUAGCCCAACAGCCGCUCUUAUCAGUUUUAUCGAUAAGGUUAACCUUACCUACCCUUUGGUGCUAGUUCCGAAGUUAAGGUGGAUUUGUACGCUUUGCCAUUCGAUCUUAUGACGACGAUUCUUUUUCCUGCCGGAAUCUCCUUUUAAUGAUUUGCACCAUACACGAACGAGCUCUGGACGGCUUAGCUAGCACAUCCCAGGUUACGACUUCGAGCUUUUGCCUUGUGCCAUAGCUCUUUUCCUUCUCAUGAACUUGAUAUAUUUACCAUUGUAAUCGCACUUCCCCGACGAGAGCUUUAGGUCCAAACCAGAUCAUGCACCAAGCAUGCAUCGAAUACCCUUUUAUAAGAUGCCAUCCCGCUUACCGACACGAUCUAAAUACAACUUUCGAGCUUUCUAUCUUACCAUAUUAAUCAUCUCGUCUUUGGCUGUGAUAAGCCUUAUCGCAGACCAGAGUGCGAAAUACCGUCAUGGUUCCCAAUAUGGCGUUGCACAAAAACGAGCAUUGGAUGCGCUGGACAGUGGGAGACUUGUGAAACGGGAUGAAGAGGUUUGUGGAGACCAAAGGCAAUGCAAGUUCUUUACUAAAUAUCGGCCUUAUAGUGUCGUCUUGUCCACCAUGCCAAGGAUAAAUGCGGAUUCAUACUAGCAAAUUGUCCCGAUGAAACUGCUGGGCUCCUAAAUUACCUCGCGCUUUACUAUUGCAAAUUACCAAAUGCCCAACCUGUGGCUUUCACCAUUCUCAUACUAUGGCUUGGAUUGUUGUUUUCGACGAUUGGAAUCGCAGCGAGCGAUUUCUUCUGUAUCAAUCUAUCAACAAUUGCGAGCAUACUGGGAAUGAGCGAGAGUAUGGCGGGUGUCACAUUUUUAGCUUUUGGUAACGGUAGCCCAGAUGUAUUCUCGACGUUUGCUGCGAUGAGUUCGCAUAGUGGCAGUCUUGCCGUAGGUGAGCUCAUUGGAGCAGCCGGGUUUAUUACUGCAGUUGUCGCAGGAUCGAUGGCUUUAGUUAGGGAGUUCAAGGUUGGCAAAAAGACAUUUGUGAGGGAUAUUGGUUUCUUCAUAGUUGCAGCAAGCUUUAGUAUGGUGUUUCUUGCGGACGGCGCUCUUCACCUAUGGGAAUGUUUUGUAAUGAUUGGGUUCUACCUUUUUUACGUGGUAACAGUGGUUAUGUGGCAUUGGUACUUGGGAGGGCGAAGACGCCAUCGUGAAAGAGAAGCUGCAGCGCGUGGCCAGUACUUGGCAAUGACAAACGAAGAAAUAGAGGUCACUGAAGAAGAUGGUGACGAUGAAGAUGCGCCAGCAGGAGAGAGGGGCUUCCGUGGUAACGAAGAUUUCGCGGCAUUAGAACGUGGCUCUAGUCCUCAUCACCGGGUACCAGAAGACGAAGACAGUGAUGAGGAUGGAAAUGAGGGUAGGCACAUUGCUGCUGAGGUGGCUAGCAGUAUGCGAGUAAUCAGAUCAUCUGGUAGCCGCAGGAACACCAUAACUCCAAUUCGUCCCAGUUUGGUGGGUGCUCUAGAGUUCAGGUCGGUCCUAUCAUCGUUACAAAAGUCUCGGGGCUCUCAUGGCCCACCUAUAAGUUUACGACGAUAUUCAGACGACCCAUCAGCAUCACUCGAUCAACUUAGGACAUCUGCAACAACAUCGGCUCCGGCAUCGGAAUAUGCCUUGAGUAUAAAUCCUGUUGAAAGCGACGACAACGAUACGGAGCGGUCUAUUCUAGACCCUAAGCGUACUAGGGCUGUCUCUUUGAAUGCUGCCUCAGCCCUUAGACACACUGACCCUAACGCAUUUCCUGCCGCAAAUGUGCCAGAUAUUGGCAUUGUGGCAGCCACUCCAACUUUUCCACGGCUAUUAGAUGUGCCAUCUACAACUAGCAGCCCCGCUCCUAAGUCUCCAACAUUAUCUAUCUCGCCUCCUCCGUCUCUAGAUGGAUCACAAAGUCACAAACUAUUCACAAAUAGCACACCGCGAUGGAACGAUGACUUGUUGGCACCACCUGCAAAUGACUCUCCAGCAGUGUCGCCACGACAUCCCCGUUCUCCAGACGAACGACCUAAGAUUUCACCUACCAAUUCUAGUAGAUCGCGAACAGUACAACGACCUCAACUUCAAAUACCGAAUUCAUCGAGGGAUAGCUCGCGAACUCGGAUACAAUCACCCAUAUUACCAUUUCCUCUGUAUAUGGAUUCGCCAGCGUUCAUGUCGGCUGCUAGCUCUAAGGCUCCAAGUAUUGUGCUACCGGAUUCGGAUAUUACGCCCGAAUCAGUCAAUUUGGAGCAUGAUUUGUACUAUACGGAAAGACCAAUUAAAUGGUGGCCAUAUCGCAUAUUACCCAGCCCACACAUCGUACUUUCAGCUUUGUUUCCUACACUAUGUACAUGGAGAGACAAGAGCGGGUGGGAUAAAUUUGUUAGCAUUGUCUCAGCCCCUAGUAUAUUUCUUUUGGCAAUCACACUGCCGGUGGUCGAAUCGGAAUCCAAGGAUGAGGACGAAAAGAUAGACUUUGCUGAAGAAAGAAGGGAAUCUGGCACACCAGUGAGGAGAAAUACUGGCCCGCUAUUGAUCCCCGAUAGCCCAUCAAUGGUCUCGGAAGCAGACCCCGAAUGGUCACAAUAUCAAAGAAGUCGGCGGGACACUCAUUCCGAGGAAUAUCCUCGUUCACCUGUUUCAAAUUUCAGUCAACACAACACUGCCGCAGUAGCAAUCGCGGCGGAGAGUCAUCAUCCUCAUUCUCGUCCAAUUCCAUUGUCACCCCCCAAGAGAGUCAAUUCGACCCACGAGGAUGUAAUGCAUAGUGAGCCUGGAGUAGAGCAUUCUAGAGGCUGGAACCGCUGGCUUGUCGUACUCCAAUUGUUUACAGCACCUAUCUUUGUGGUGUUGAUAUUUUGGGCUAACAGUGAAGAUGGUGACUUGAAGUCGCUCGCACGCCUGGUUUUGUUUUCCCUCCUCGGGUCUUUGGUAGCGGUUGCUAUUCUCGCACUAACGACAACCCCUUCGAGGCCCCCCAAACAUCGUUUCUUGCUUUGUUUCCUUGGUUUCGUCGUCGCUAUUGCUUGGAUUUCCACUAUCGCCAAUGAAGUCGUCGGAGUUCUCAAAGCGUUUGGUGUCAUUCUAGGCAUCUCAGAUGCAAUACUUGGUCUUACUAUUUUUGCUGUUGGCAAUUCAUUAGGCGACCUCGUCGCUGAUAUCACGGUAGCUAGAUUAGGAUAUCCCGUUAUGGCACUGAGUGCUUGUUUUGGAGGACCGAUGCUGAACAUUCUCAUCGGCAUCGGUGUCAGUGGCGCAUAUAUGACGAUUAAAGAUGCCAACCACAAACAUUUCAAGCACCCAAACAAAGAUAUCAAGUACAAGCCAUAUCAAAUUGAAGUCAGUGGUACUCUGAUGGUUAGUGCCAUCACUUUACUGAUCACUUUAGUCGGACUCCUCAUUGCGGUGCCCAUGAAUAAGUGGGUGAUGAGCAGGAAGAUUGGAUGGGGCUUGAUCAUUCUGUGGUGUAUUAGUACGGUAAUCAACCUUGGUGUGGAAAUCAGUGGGGUGUGGGGUGAUAAUUUGGACUUAUCUACCUUUUUUUCAUGAGCUUUCAGAAUAUAAUUAAUGCACGGGAUGGAAUUUGUUUCACAAAGAGAAAAGAGAGAGAUAGAAUUGUAUUAUACCCCCCAGUUAUAUAGGUAGCUUUUUGGGUAUGAUUUCAAUGGAUGUGAUAUAUUGAAAUAUCAAUACUUUGUUGAAGAGAAUGGGAGGAAUACCCCUUAACUAUAUUGGCACCGACUCAUGAUGACCUCGUUGAAUUAUCGACCAGUUGAGUAGAUGAAGACUGAAGUAGCUUAGCUCGGAUAAAGCUGGCAGUAACUAUCAUUUUCGUAUUUUGGUGGGUAGUUAGUGGUGU